AUGUCCAGUGUUAAUUAUGUAAAGGGAAUAAUUGUAAAUUUGGUACUAUUUUUAGUAAAUUUUCUGCACAUCUUGCACAUCUUGUUUCUGUGCAUUCAAUCUUCAACAUGUAAUGACAGAGUCGAACAAACAUUUUUUGUAAUAAAUUCGCUGUUGAGUGAAAUUUUUCUUUCAUACAUCACAGGAGUUGUCCUGUAUCUCAGCAUCUGUUUUAUUUGUUUUCUCUCACUUGUAGUUGGCUUGGCUUACGCCACUAUAUUUCUAAACGGACAGCCAAUUACUGAUAUGAAAAAUCGUAAGAAGAAUAUCAAACGAAGAUCCAUACAAUGUGAAUUGAAGAAACUGAUUACAUUACAACGAACGAGUGAAUGAUUAGUUAAAAACAGUCUAAGAAAUGUAUGGAUGCUGAGUCGUUUACGACACAUGUAAAAAAGUACGCCAAAUAUAAUUUUUUUAAAAAAAUCUGCCGAAUUUAUGUCGUUGAUAGCAAGCAUAAACUGUGUAUUUGCUUUC